AAAGCUGACCAGUAAUGAAGAGUUGCCAGUUAAAUUUGGAUUAGCAGAGAGAUCGAGCCGUUGCAAACAAUGGAGAAACCGAGCGAGAACACGAGUGUAAGAGUUGUGUGCCCUAAGUUGGUCUUCGAGAGAAGCGAAACUGCGCUCCAAUGGCUGGUAGGAUCAUCGUUGCUGCCGCCGCCGCUCACCAUAAUCUCUACCUUCAGAUGCAUCCACACACUCCCGGAUGGCUCUCCGGAUUAUCAAAAGGAAUCAGAAGAUCUGCGCGUUUUGCUUUUGAAAGGGCUCGAUAUAAUUGGAGCAUUGGUUGUUAGAAGCUCUAAUUUCGAAAGUAAUGCUUCUGAAGCUAUCGUCCUCGCUCGUAAAUUGGCAAAGCUUCUAUCCAAUGGAGAAAAUUCGGAUGGACAAGAGAUGAUUGGGGCUGUUGCGGACGUUAAUUCAAGUGAUGUUCACUUUUUUGUACCAGGAAGUGGAAACGCUCCCAAACUUCAGUCGGUUAAUUCUGUUGUACAUGAAGAAGAUCCACAAAAGUUUGUUUGGGAGAGAUGUUGUUUGCUUCGAUGUGAACUCCCAAUUAGCUUGCCAUUCUAUUAUCCAAUAAACAAUCAAUCUGAUAUGGAAAGAACAUUCUUGAGUGCAACUGAAGCAAUUGUAGCCAAGUUUAGAGAUUCCCAGGUUGCAUUUAUGAUAGAAACGACAAACAAAGUCUCUAUGGAAAUACCUCAAUGUCUCAUUCUUCGCGGGAAGGAAUUGACUUUUGACACGGAUGUGUCGAACAUCAAACAUUCUGGCGAAGAUGUGCAAGAUUCAGCAGGGAAACCAUUAACAUGUGCAAACUUUUGUAUGAAAAGUGAGUCUGCCUCAGCAUCAUUUUCUAUAGAGAAUGCAGAUAUACUCCAAGUAAGUGUUCUGCUUAAUACUUCAGAAAAAUCUACAGAAUCGAGUGCACCCGUGGCAGAAUAUAUUCCAGGUUUGGAAGAAGCACGAUUUUCAGUCGCAGAGUUCAAGUUAGAAGUGCUUUGCUAUGCCAUUAAGGAUUUUCCAAUUACAUUUGCGGUGUCAAAGUUGAUCAUUCCUGGAUUAGUUGACCAGUUGAAUUCAAUGAAGAAGACACUUUUGCCCGAUCUUUUGAUGCAACACCCUCAGCUACGCCCAUAUCAUUUUAUUCCGCCCGGAUUUCUGCAUCCAAUAACUGUAAUCUACGAACUUAAUUAUGGAGAGACAGAGAUGAAGCAAGUUGAUGUUCGAAGAUCUUUGCACUUGAGGCUGGGCUUACCUUUUGAUCGUCCCCUCUUAAGGAUUGCUAAUGCCUUUGAUCUUUAUAUGAUGAAGGGUAGUUCAAGGGGCAGCUCUAUACGAAAAGGCUCUUAUUUGCUUAAAGAUGUACAUGUUGGGAUACCUAGCAGUGGGGUCUCAGGGGGCAUAGUUUCUUUGGCUCAAGGUUCUUAUGAAUACCAUCAUUAUCUUCAAGAUGGCUUUGACGACUCGGGCUGGGGUUGCGCUUACCGGUCUCUACAGACUAUCAUUUCAUGGUUCAGGCUUCAACAUUACACAUCCAUAGAUGUUCCUUCUCAUAGAGAAAUACAGCAGUCGCUCGUGGAGAUUGGUGAUAAGGAUCCUUCUUUCAUAGGUUCACGUGAGUGGAUAGGUGCCAUUGAGUUGAGCUUUGUUUUGGACAAACUAUUGGGUGUAAGUUGCAAAGUCAUAAAUGUCAGAUCUGGAGCUGAGCUUCCUGAAAAAUGCCGAGAACUAGCGUUGCACUUUGAGAAUCAAGGAACACCCAUUAUGAUAGGUGGUGGUGUUCUUGCAUACACUCUUCUGGGAGUUGAUUACAACGAAGACAGUGGAGAUUGUGCAUUCCUCAUACUAGAUCCUCACUACACAGGGAAUGAUGAUCUGAAAAAAAUUGUAAACGGCGGAUGGUGCGGGUGGAAAAAAGCUGUUGAUAGCAAGGGAAGGAAUUUUUUCUUACAUGAUAAGUUCUAUAAUCUCCUGCUUCCUCAGAGGCCCAACAUGGUCUAGUUUAUAACAUUUCAGAUUUUGCAACUUAAUAGAGGUUUUCUAGAGAAACAUUACAAACUUUUUAAUGGUGCACUGAGUGGAAAUUCAAGCAGUUGCAACAACUCACAAGCAGUGGGAAAUGUAGUCUAGCAGAAGUUUUACUUUGAGAAGAGUUUAAUCUUGGAGAAUUGAGUUUGAUGUAAGUCACGAAUGGUACAAAUUAUCGACCUUGAAACUAGAAAAUUAUAUGUUCUUUUACAUGGGAAGGUUGUCAUCAGGAAUAGAUGAUGUUAUUUUUGAAUGGAAAUGUUCUUUGCC